GAAGGGGGCGUGAGACAUAAAUAUUGGGCAGCAGCAGCCACCAGCAACAUUCCAGCGCCAGCAUUGCCCCAACUAUCUUACCUGCUUUCCUGCCUGCCUGCCUGCCUUCCUACAGAGCAAGAUGCGCAGCGGUGUGUUCGUGGCCGUGCUGGUACUGGUGGUCCUCGCUGCCUUCCUUACCCAGGGGCAGGAGCUUCAUGUUCCCGAGCGUGAGGCCGUGGCCACCCUGGCGGCACGCAUCCUGAAGGUGGUCCACGCCCCGCAGCAAGCCGCCACAGGUCUCCCUCACAAACGCAACUCUGAACUCAUCAACUCGCUGCUCGGCCUCUCUGCGCUGAUGAACGAGGCCGGCAAACGGUGAUGAGCGAGCCCUCCGCGCCCUUCCCUGCUGCAGGCUGAGGCGGGUCGUCGCCACCCUGCUGCAAGCCUGUUCCAUGCACUACACUAAUUGAAUAAACUAUAUGGCAGCAAGAGUAAAUACAAUGUUUUAUUAAUCUUG